GGAACAGAGGAACAGUAUAGGAACAGUAGGAACAGUAGGAACAGAGGAACAGUAGGAACAGAGGAACAGAGGAACAGAGGAACAGUAGGAACAGAGGAACAGAGGAACAGUAGGAACAGUAGGAACAGAGGAACAGUAGGAACAGUAGGAACAGAAGGAACAGUAGGAACAGAGGAACAGUAGGAACAGAGGAACAGAGGAACAGUAGGAACAGAGGAACAGAGGAACAGUAGGAACAGUAGGAACAGUAAGAACAGUAGGAACAGUAGGAACAGUAGGAACAGAGGAACAGUAGGAACAGUAGGAACAGAGGAACAGAGGAACAGUAGGAACAGUAGGAACAGAGGAACAGUAGGAACAGUAGGAACAGUAGGAACAGUAGGAACAGAGGAACAGUAGGAACAGAGGAACAGAGGAACAGAGGAACAGUAGGAACAGAGGAACAGAGGAACAGAGGAACAGUAGGAACAGUAGGAACAGUAAGAACAGAGGAACAGUAGGAACAGUAGGAACAGAGGAACAGAGGAACAGUAGGAACAGUAGGAACAGUAGGAACAGUAGGAAAAGACGAACAGUAGGAACAGAGGAACAGAGGAACAGUAGGAACAGUAGGAACAGUAGGAACAGAGGAACAGUAGGAACAGUAGGAACAGUAGGAACAGAGGAACAGUAGGAACAGUAGGAACAGAGGAACAGUAAGAACAGUAGGAACAGAGGAACAGUAGGAACGGAGGAACAGUAGGAACAGUAGGAACAGUAGGAACAGUAGGAACGGAGGAACAGUAGGAACAGUAGGAAUUAAGUAGGAAGAGAGGAACAGUAGGAACAGUAGGAACAGAGGAACAGUAGGAACAGUAGGAACGGAGGAACAGUAUGAACAGUAGGAAUAGUAGGAACAGUAGGAACAGUAGGAACAGAGGAACAGAGGAACAGAGGAACAGUGGAAACAGAGGAACAGUAGGAACAUGGGAACAGAGGAACAGUAGGAACAUAGGAACAGUAGGAACAGAGGAUCAGAGGAACAGUUGGAACAGAGGAACAGAGCAACAGUAGGAACAGAGGAACAGUCGGAACAGAGGAACAGUAGGAACAGAGGAAAAGUAGGAACAGUAGGAACAGAGGAAAAGUAGGAACAGUAGGAACAGAGGAACAGAGGAACAGUGGAAACAGAGGAACAGUAGGAACAGUAGGAACAGAGGAACAGUAGGAACAGAGGAACAGUAG